AUGGCUUUCUGCGACGAUCAGUUGAUCAUUUACCUGUGUCAACCAAAGCAAAUAAUAAAGAAGAUCUUGGUUCACAAGUCAACUAGAGUGAGCGAAUUAAGCAAUUUGUUUGCAAACUCACCAAAAUGUUUCAUUUAUCAUGGUAUGGCCCUUCAUUCUUCAAUGAAAUUAGAGAGUUAUGGUAUACAGAACUUCGACCACAUUGUCGUUCUUCAGGACGAAACAACUCAAACUUAUACUCCAGAACAGAUUAUGUGGAUGAAUGCGACAAAGGACCAACAAGAAUUUAACGAUAAAUUAUAUCUCUCUACAAAUCUCGCAAGCCAAAUGGAAGUUGCACGCUUAAAAGAUAUAAAAAUGUCUAGAAUUGAAAUGAAACGUCAUGCUUUCUUUAAAGUUGCAAGCAGGGCGUUCAAUGAAUCAUCACCCCAAUUUGAUUUAUCUGGAAUGAAUACAAAGACGGAUAUACCGAAGCCAAAAUUAUCUGAAGAACCUCUUCCUCAAUUUUGGAAUUGUGGAAAGCAACAAAAUCUUAAAUUAUUCCGAAAUCACUCGGAACCAAGUAUUACAUUGGACUCUCCAAUUGAUGUCAAGGAAUAG